UCGGAGAAAAGCUUUAUCGCUAUCAGCUGAAGUUCUAAGGUGGAAACCUUCGCGAGCCGAUCUGAGAAAAAGUUAUUUUGGAAAAAAAGGGAAAACAAUCUCAAGUCCGCAGUUAAUCCCACUUUUGUUAUCAGGCAGGAUCCUUUCAGAGGAGUGAAACUGGCCGAAUUUCCGUUCCCAAAGGGGGAAAAUCUAAUAUGAGAACGUCACCGAUUUUUUUAACCGUUACACAGGUCAUCAAGCCUCACAUACCUCUGAUUAAGUUUCGAAAAGGACACGUGGACUCAUGUCAUACGACUCAGACUCCACAACAGUCCUCCCAAGGAGUGAGUGCUGCGAAGCCUGCCAAGUCUACUUCUUAUUCUCUUGAGGAGUACCAGCUACCAGCAAGAUUUAGAAGACUUCCCUUGGACAAUUAUGAAAUUGAAGCUAUUAAUGGCUUGCUGCUAUACCAGUUUUCACUUGGCCUGAAAUAUUACAUUAAACUUAAUAUUGAGAAGUUAGUUAACUUGCACUUUUUUUUUAAAUUAUGCUUUUGUAUUAAUAUACUUUUUAUUUUAUUUUUUCACACAAGCUACUUGAUGAAGUAAUUGGAAAACAAAGACAAAUAAACAAUGUAAUAUCGACUUUGAAGUGAAAUCAAAGGGUCAAGUGUUCAUAAAUAAAUCAUUCCUACACAUACCAGUCAAAUGAAUGAUCUCUGCUAUCUAAUUUACAUGAUUUUGUGAUCAUAUUAUAAAUUAAUUUAUUCUUGUAAUAAUAUAACUUUUUUUAAAUAAAAAUAAAAACUGUGUAGUGCGUA